ACCUAAAAUCUCUUUUGCUUAAGUUCUUUUCUUGCUAAAGUAAAAAUUCACUCUCUCUCUCUAGAUCACUGUCUUCUUCCGAUCUAUUCUUCAUCUUGAUCUUGAAAUGGAGCAACCGCAACAUCAUCACCAUCACCAUCAACAAACCGACCAAGAGAGCGGUAACAACAAUAAGUCCGGCUCUGGUUGUUACCCAUGUCGCCAAACGAGCACAAGAUGGACACCAACGACGGAGCAGAUCAGAAUCCUCAAAGAUCUCUACUACAACAGCGGAGUUCGGUCACCAACAGCCGACCAGAUCCAGAAGAUCUCUGCACGGCUGAGACAGUACGGAAAGAUCGAGGGUAAGAACGUCUUUUACUGGUUCCAGAACCAUAAGGCUCGUGAGCGACAGAAGAAGAGAUUCAACGGCACAACCAUGACCACACCAACAACUUCAUCCCCCAACUCGGUUAUGAUGGCCAACGACCAUUAUCAUCAUAACCAUCAUCCUCUUCUUCAGCACCAUCAUCAUGGUGUUACCAUGCAUAGGCCUGCUUCGGUCAAUAUUAAGCUUGACCAAGAAAAUCAUCUCCUUCAUCAGAACAUAUCUUAUCCCAACUUUCAUAACGGGAAUUUAAAUCAUGCAAGUUCAGGCACUGAAUAUGGUGCUCUUAAUGCUUCUUCUAAUGGCUACAUGAGUAGCCAUCUCUAUGGAUCUACGGAACACGACUAUUCAGUGAGCUACAACAACGUAAGUGGAGGAUGGACAAACAUGGAUCAUAAUCAUCAUUACUCAGCUCCAGCUUACAACUUCUUCGAUAGACCAAAGCCUCUGUCUGGACUGGAAGAUCAUGAAGAAGAAGAAUAUGGUGGCGAUGCUUAUCUGGAACAUAGACGUACACUUUCUCUCUUCCCUAUGCACUGUGAGGAUAACAUCAACGGCGGUGGUGGUGCCUUUUUGAAGUACGGACAAUCGGACGGUCGUGAUUAUUAUGGUAGAGGCUCUUGUGCUUCUCUCAAGUUAUGUUUAAACUCCUACGCAGGCGUCUCACCGGAUUAAACUCCCUUUCGCCAUCUUUAUCUCUCUCUCUUAUGUUUCGCUGCUGACUAAUGAUGCAAUAAUAAUCAUCUAAUAAUGGUAUAUCUCGUACGUAGUUAAUUUAGUUAUUUGUAAUUACUAAUAUCGUCUCUCCCGGUUAAGCUUUCAUUGAGUGCGUUUUUCUCCUUUUCUUUUUAAUGUAAGACGUUAAACUUUUA